AUGAAGCCAGAGAAGGUAAUUCGUGACAAAUGCGUCGGUCAUGUUUUGGGAGAAAACCGGACCUCCUACACAACCAGAGACUCGAUAAUCUACGCUCUCGGUGUGGGCUGUAGUCAGGAUCCGUUGAACGACGCAGACCUCCCGUACACCUAUGAGCGACAUGAAGACGGUUUCCGAGUUAUUCCUUCCUUCGCCACCACUUUCCCCUCUUUUGAACUUUUGCUUGAGGGACUGCAAAGCUGUCCCGGGAUGCCCGAGUUCAACCCCAUGAUGCUUCUGCAUGGUCAGCAAAAAGUCACCCUCUUUCGGCCCCUGGAAGAAAGCAUUCCUCGACUCAUUCAUCGUUCAUUCAUCAGCGACGUCGAAGACAAGAAAUCGGGCGCCUUGGUCACAGUCACCUCUGACAGCAAGUGUGAAGAAACCGGAGUUCUGUUCUGCCGAAACGAAUGCAAAUUGUUCAUCCGGGGACUCGGAAAUUUCUCCUCUGCGGAGGACGCAAAACGCGGGGAAGACGCGAGAAGUCGAGACCGGCGCAGGAAGUCGAGUGUUUCCUUCCAAGAGCCGCCCACAAAAGUGGUAGAUGUGAAGACACCCGAGAAUCUCGCGCUCCUUUAUCGUUUGAGUGGAGACACAAAUCCCCUCCAUGUGGACCGCCAAAUGGCUGCGAUGGGUGGCUUCAAGCGACCCAUCCUCCACGGCCUCUGCACCUUCGGCAUCGCCACUCGGGUCAUCAUCCAGUCUGUCUUGGCAAACCAGCCUGAACGCGUCGCUGCGGUGUCUGGUCGAUUCUCCGCUGCUGUCACUCCUGGCGACCAGCUCCGCGUCCAGAUGUGGAUUUCUGCCGAGGAAGGCGCGCCGGGGAACGAAAAGGCUAUUCUCUUCAAUGUCAUCAAUCGCACAAGAGACGACCAAGUGUGCCUCGAAAACGGCGUCCUCACAGUUCGUAGCCCCGGCCUGCAAAUCGCCAAACUGUGAUUCAAAAAGGCGAUUUUUACCACGGGAAAUCGAUUCCUGCGUGAUGUGGACUUCUAAGCCAUACACACACAUGCGUACAAAUGCAGUUUUUAUAGAGCGCUGUAGAUGCACGAGGAACAAGGAUAGACAUCAGUGUUGAUUUAUCGAAGUAGGCGCAGAUAGAUGGAUCUAUACGUAGUUGCGUCUGUAGCUCUGCCUCAAUGUAUCCUUCGAGAAUAUUCUUUCCGGAUCUAUCGACGAACGCAUAGAAGUAGGAAUACAUGGAUGUUUACAUUUCUAUAUAGAAGUGUGCAUACGUUUAUAGACAUGUAUAAAUAUAUAUGUAUAUAUAUAUAUAUAUAUUUAUAUAUAUUUGCAUAUGCAUAUAUAUGGUGGGGAUUUGUAGCGUGUAAUCGUUCCACACCAAGAACGGCAACAGUUAUCUCCUUCCCCGCUUGAACGACGUUCGCUCCACCUCAGCUCAGAACGGUUUUUCUACCAAAGUCACAAACGAAACACUCAGCUUUUCUGUGAGAAAGCCGCCGUGUCUGUGGUAAGCCGAAGACAGAAACCGGGAGACCUUUUUUUUGUCUGUGUCGUGCUGAAAUAUAAAGACAUUUCCUUUAAUGGACUUCUCCCGUUU